ACACAACACUCAGUCUCUGACAGUCUAACAAACAGUACUAACAGUUAUCAUCACUUCUACCACUUAUACCAUAACCAGUAUAUUAAUACUACCACUACUUGACAUCACUUGAUCCCAAUAAUCGACAUAAUGAGCGAAACACAGUCAUCCGCGGCUCCGGCCACUGCCGCUAAACCGGCAGCUAAGAAGAGGGCUACUAAAGCUGCCUCGACUACCAAAAAGGCAAAGACACCAUCAAAUCAUCCCAAGUAUGUCGAUAUGGCUAUCAGUGCCAUCAAAUCACUCAAAGAACGCAAUGGAUCUUCACGUCAAGCGGUCCACAAAUAUAUUUUGAGUCAUUUCAAUGUGGGAACUGAUGUCAAAGCAGUCAACGGUCAUCUGAAGCAAGCUUUGAAAAGAGGUGUAGCCGGUGGUCAGCUUAGACAUGUCAAAGGUCAGGGAGCUUCGGGUUCAUUCAAAAUAGCAGAGGGAGGCGCUAAAGCAAAGGCAGAAAAGAAAGCUAAGAAACCGAAAGCAGCGGCCAAACCAAAAGUGGACAAAAAGAAGAAGGCAUCGACACCGAAACCCAAGAAGGCAUCACCCGCUAAAAAAGCAGUGGCCAAACCCAAGAAGGCUUCACCUAAGAAGGCAGCGGCUGCUCCAGUAAGUGCUCCAACCGCUCCAAAGGCUGCGGCUCCUAAAAAGGAAAAGAAAGCUAAGAAACAAAAGACUCCAUCAAAGCCCAAACCAAAGGCCGCCAAGAAGUCACCGGCAAAGAAGACGACAAAGUCAGCGACACCUAAGAAGAAGGCGGCGCCAAAAAAGGCAACGGCAAAGAAGUAAAUGGCAAACAAUGGUUUGACAUCUUUGUUAUCGUUUAAUAUCAUCUUUCAUGACAUAAUCAUCAUAUCAUCCAUUCAUCAAAUCCAUCAAUUCAUUCAUCAAUCCAUUGGUCUCUCAUAAUGUCAUCCAUGUGUUCGACCGGUUGUCACAAAACAUAUAUAUUAACUAUUAUAUAGACAUCUCUAACGUUUAAUUGGAUUCUCAUUAAUAUAUUAUAUCCUUUAUAAUAAUUAUCACAAAUCUUUCUA